AUGGUGCACCAAAGCGAAGACAUCAACGGGCAGUUGAGCACCGAAGAAAGCCACAUUGGUGACGGAGAUGGUGGGGCGUCGUUUGAUCCUCAACUGUACGUGCUCGGCGAAAGAGCGAUGCGCAGGUUGCGUAUGGCUAAUGUGCUCAUUAGUGGCUUGGGCGGACUUGGAGUAGAGGUUGCCAAAAACCUGAUUCUUGGUGGCAUCCGUCACGUAACUGUACAGGAUACAAAAGACACGACAUGGUUUGAUCUAUCGUCACAGGUAGUUUUCAUCGCUAUGGCCAAUACUAAUUCUGUUAUUCUGAGAUGAAU